AUGUCUCGAGCGCUUUCUGAUUUAAUAGGCCCAAUCGGUAAACAACAAAGACAGCAGAAGCUAUUUAAUCUCCUUAACGCCAUUGAAGACAAAGUAGUUCGAAUAAGAUUAAUUUUCAUCAUCGGACUUAUCUUUUUUGGCAUACAAAUAGUUGCUCAGUUCUUAUUUUGUUCAUCGAAGCUCGAAUGGAAAUCGGAAACCACAAAAAAUUCACUUUUAACUCUUUUACAAUGCAUAUUUUCAUUUUGGACAGGAGUUAAAGAAAUCCAAGAUUUAGAUUAUCUUUCCUACUCGUUGGUAUGCAUAUGUCUUGUCUAUUAUGGUAUACUUUCAAUCAUAAUUUAUUUCUUUUACAUUGGCAAUCAUCAAAACAAGAUCUCCUUUAUACCAUUCGCUUUAGCUGUUGUAGGUUUACAUGUUAUCAUCAUUCCGGCAAGCUAUGCUGCAAUUGCUUACAUUUUUUCCGGUUCUUUUACUGAUCAUUAUUUACAGUUUUUACUUUGCAUUAUUACAUUAGCUUUAACUAUUUUUUCAACAUACAUCGAAUACUUCAUACAAUACGGCCUUCCUAAGAAAGAUUUGAUUUUUAAUCAUAAACGUAUCAUUGUCAACUACAUAAUAUCAAUUUUUCAGUUCUUCGUGCCGAGUUUCAACUUCUACAUCAAAAGUUCCCUAACAGUUGGCCUAAUAAACGGCAUUUCUCUGGCAAUUUUGGUAAUUUAUCUGUUUUUUCAAAUCAAAAACGCAAGUUCAAAUCUUCACAUCUUAUAUUCACUCGCUACUAUCGUCGGCUGUCUAAUUAAUAUCAUUACAAUCUUCGUAAAACUCGAUGGAGAAUCAUAUAUCACGUUUUACUUGAUAAUGCUUAAUAUUAGCUUCGUAAUCGUAUCGGUAAUUGUAUACUUUACAUCGGAAUACAUAUUAAUUCCUGUUAGAGAAGCAAUUCAGAUGCAUUCUUACCAAAAUCUUGACAAAUACGGUACAACAAACCUCGAAAACAUCAUUACAAGGGCAGCAGCGAAGAUGGAUUUCCCGAACGAGCUGUUAGAUUACUUAGAAUCAAGAAAUUCCGGUAGUAUUAUAAUUAAUGAAAUUUUAUUUUUAGUUUCUCAAGAAAUAAGCAACGAAGAACGCAUGAAAAAGGCAUUAGAUACAAUAACAGAACUCAAACCUAAUAAUACUAUCUACCAAGUCCGUUUAAUUUACUAUGAAAAUAUUGUCAGGCCAACUUUCGUCACAAUUCGUGCUCAAGCUAUUCUCAAUGACUAUUCCAACACUCUCGGCAUGUUUUGGAACGAAAUCGUUAACGAUAACGUUGAACAUUUGGUUUCAUUGUCAAAUGAUGUGGCAAAUAACUACUUAAACCUCACAAAUAUAUUCAGUCAGUACGGGAAAUCAGGAAAUCUCGGCCAAAUAUACUCAACUUUCUGUGAAAUAACGCAUUACAACACAGAAACUGAAAAUAAUAACCUAACUUAUGCGUUAGUAUCGAGAUCUGGCAACAGAAACGAAGAUUCCAACAUACACUCGCACUGUACUCAGUAUAUUUUAGUGUAUAUCGGAAUAAUUUUAUAUACUUUUAAUUUGGCAAUGAAUGGAUGGGCCAAGAGUGAGGUCAAAAGCAUCUGGAACGCAUCAAUAGAUGCUUACAAUAUCUUACAGUCCAUUUCCGCCGGUUCUUUCAUAACAACUUUGAUUAAAUUGAACAAUUCCAUAAAUGUAUCGAUGAUUUCAAGUGACGUGUACGAUACAUCCCUGUUCCCAACAAGACUGACCAAUCUAACAGCUGAUUUGCAGUCAAUGACAAAUUCCAUUACAAAUUACACGUCAAAAAUCAAAGAAUACGUUAUAGAUAGGAAAUUUGACGGUUUAAUUGAAAGUUGGCUUGUUCAUCCUUUCAAUGUGACUCGAAUUCCAUCAACUGUUGAGUCAUCAAUCAGAUUUCUCGCUUCCAGCUUCCAAAACAUUGUGGAAGGCGGGGAUCCUGGUUAUGAUGGGAUAUACGUCAAAGGUACAACAGAUUUGGUCAUUUUUUCUGCAAUUUUGGAUGAUACAAUCACAUCUUUAUGCAAUUACGCUCUAAAACUCAUCAGGUUGGUCACAUUGAUCUGCAGAAUACAGAUGGCAGUGUUUCUCAUACUCGGACCUAUUCUUUUGUGGUUUUUCUCUCAUAAUUUGACGAAAUCAAUUAAUUCAAGCUUCCAAUCUUUGUUUAAGCUCUCAAAAACAGAUCUGAUCCAGAAAACACGUGAAUUAAUAUCAUGGGUGAAGGACAGCAGCAAUUCUGGCCAACAGGAAGAUAAUAAUGUAAGAUAUAACAGAGAAUUAAUCAUUUCUAAGACACAUACGAACUCUCUGACCAAUAGGACAAUAGAGAGAACAUUAGUAUUGAAACGCACAGCUGUAUUUUUGAUUUUUGUUGCAAUAACUUGGGGAAUGAACGAAUUAGUUUGGGUUUCUCUUAAAGAAAACGCAACAGAUAUCGGAAUAUCAUCGUAUGCUUAUCUAUUGUCACAACAGAUGCUAAAGAUUGGUCAAUUAUUCUUGUUGUCUUCGAAUGAUGAAGUAUAUAACUCUGAUUCAUCAACAAAUUCACUAAGAAUGCUCAGAAGCACAUUAAACACAUUACAGGCAUUUUCCAAAUUGUCGACAUCGAAGAAAAUCACUAAAGAAACACUAGAAAAGAUAAAAGAACUUAACUCGAUGUUUACAAUUUCUCCCAAUUUGAGGGGAAGUUCACUGUCAGACGAUAGACUUCCUCUUUCGGACGAACGCCAAGAAAAUGAACCAAAACAGUGCAAAGCCAAAAUAAACUAUAUUGAAAAUGCUUUGGACGAAGAAGAAAAUCAAAGAAGAAGAAUCUUGGAAGAUUCGACCGUAAACGAGACAGCAACAACAGAAAUGAGAGCCAAACACACAGAAAACUUAUUCACCAUGAUAGAUUUCGCGAGACAAAUGGUUGCGAGCGGAAUGCAGAAAUUUUCCAAGAAUUCACCAAAAGUUGUUGACAUUUCACUUUAUAUUACCACAGAAGUCAAUGCUCCAACCGACAGAAGAGCUCUGUUCACUUCAAUUGACAUUAUUUCCCUUAAUAUCUUUGAUAUCAAAUCCGAACGUUACAAAACGGACAAUUUCGACCAAAUUCUUUCCCAAAUCAUCACCACAUCCACCAUGUACACCAAUUUCUGUGCUGUUUCCCUGUCAACUCGCUUAGACAAAUCAAAUCACCAAAUUCAAUUUUAUUCCACUCUUUCCGCCAUCAUCUCCAUUGGCCUCAUCGCCUUCAUACUCUCCAUCAGCACUUCCAGCGGCACAUACUGGCUUUCCUUCAACACAAUCUCGAAAUCCAUAAUUUCGACCAUGCCAAAAUUUGACACAAAUAAAGGUCAAAUUUCUACAAAUUUGACAUUGAGUACUCGCGAGGAAGAGAUGAAGAAAUCAUCAGCUGUCGUGAUAGAUCUACUCAACAGUGAAGAAUUAAGAGAUGAUCUAUUAGAAAACCACAUUUUGUUGAAUUCCCAAAAUGUAAUUAUCAGAUCUUCUAUGGUAAUUGAAGAAUUCCUUUCCGCUCCACCAUUAGAAGGCAUGAAGUUCGAUGACGCCAUCAAAUCCAUUGCAAAUAUCAUCCCAAAUGAUGGAACAGACGAAAACGACGUCGACAAAAUUUUGUUUCAUCCAAAAGACGAAAAAAAGAAAGAUGUCGUCAUGGAAGCUCUCAAGUACAAGUUGGAUGGUAUAGAACUAGACUGCGGAAGAGUGAAUUACGUGUGUGUCAUCAGAGAUAAGACAAGGGAAUACGAAAGUACAAGAUUAUGGAGAAAUGAACUCAACCAAUUAAAAUUGUUAGGUUUACAAUUUAUUCCACCUGAAGUUUACGAAGCAUUAGCCGGGGAAGAAUCAUUCAGUUCUAUACAGGUGAACAAUGCUUUUGUUGCUACUUUUUAUAUCAAUAAACUUGACAGUAUUGAUAUAAUUGAAGAAGUCAAAACAAUUGUUAUAAAAGAGUGCAAAGAAUAUCAACAUCUUUGGCCAGUCGCGAGAUCAACAAUGGCGAUAAAGAUUUAUUCGGCACUUUUGGAUCAGAACAUUUCGCAUUUCAGGGCAUUGAUUACUUUGUUGUGCGCUUCUCUUAAGAUAUCAAAGAGAAUCACUGAAUUGGGUUGCGAACCUCAUUGCGUUGUUUCGAAAGUUAAAGCAACACAUGCUAGUUUCGGAUUGGAUUUUUCCCCUGUUUUCGAUAUGAGAGAUGACAAUCCAUAUGAUUUGAUUCUAGCAAUGGGAUCUCCUGCUCACAAGAUAUCUAUUUCGAGAGAUCCCUACGAAAUAUUGUAUAACACAGGAAUUCCAAUCGAAUUCUCUUUCUACUUCAGAACUGAAGGUUUCCAUAAGAUUUCUUAUGAUACAAUUCAGGAAAUUGAGACAAUUAUUGAGCGUGAACAAGCUCAACUAGCUAUUGUUUAA